AUGGGAGAUCCAUUACCAUUAAGACUAGCACUGCCUGAGCUGAGGUAUCCGAUUGGAUCAGAGCCAGAGAAGACGAUAUCGAUAAACCAACACUCGAUAGUUGCUUAUAUCAAAACUGUUAAGGAAAUUCUAGGAAAUGAUGAGUUCAACAGAAUAAGAGGGACGUUUUUGGGACCGGUGAUCAAGCUUGGAGAGAGGUCUUUGAAAUUAUCAGCUAAGAUAGUGCACGCAGUUCUCACCAAAAGCAUCAAGACAGUGAAGAGACACGAAGCAUGGUUCCAUUUUGGUGCUCAGCCAAUGAGGUUCUCUAUAAGAGAAUUCCACAUGGUGACUGGUUUGAAAUGUAGUGGUGAAGCAAGAGAACCACGAGAGGGAACCGAGAAAUUUAAGUGGGACUUCCUAAAAGGGCGUACUCAUACAGUAAAGGACGUGGAGAAGCAGCUCAGAAACACAAGAGAAGAUGCUUCUGAUGAGAGAUUCUGCCUUGCAAUGCUCCUCCUGAUUGAGAGCAUACUACUACAGAAGAGCCUUCUCGACGGUGGCACAACUUUUACUUUGGAUUAUGUGAAAAUAGCGCAGGAUAUGGAUGUCUUGAUGACAUACCCAUGGGGGAGAACAGCUUAUAAUUUGCUGUUAAAAUCACUUCAGAGAGCUGUCGACAAAAGCCUCGACAAAAACAAUUAUGAUUUGCAAGGGUUCCCUAUGGCAUUUCUUAUAUGGAUACUUGAGUCAGUACCUUUGCUACAGUAUGCAUUCAGUCAAGUUGUUCCUAUUCUGAGCGUUCAACCGUCUACCCCAAUAUUUUUGUGUGAGAAGUACCUUCAAAUAGCUUCUCCACAGCUGAUAGAUGUUCUCCUAAUUGAAAUCAAAGAUCAUCUUAAGGUCACAUGCAUCCUACCUCCUAUUUCUAAUGAUCCAGAAGAUGAUGUUUGCAUGGGAGACGAAGCUAAUAAAGAUCUGGAUGACAUGGCCGAUUUAUCCAAGAGAGGUUAUAAGUUUAAAAUUAGAGAUUGGCGAAACAUGUCAGUAGACCUAUACGGUGCUAAUGAAGAAAUAAGAAGAGCAUCUUUACUGUUUGGGAAUGGAGGGAUGAGUCAAGCUUCUACUUCGUAUCAGGAGGAGUCUUUGGAAUCAAAGAUCAACAGAAUCAGCGAGAUGGUGGGAGAUAAUUUAAGGAUCAUGAACGAUCGUUUGUGUUUGAUUGAAAAAGACAGGAAACAGAUUAAAGAACGUGUGACAAACCUAGAGAAACUACAAAGAGUUACUUCAUAUGAAACUCCAAACAAUGAGGCUUGCCUUCCUAAUUUUUGUUGUACUUGCACAGACUGA